AUGGAUGAAGACUUUUCUUCAGAUGAUGAUGUUCAAACACCGGGUUCGGGAAAAAAGACUACGAGAGAUGAAGCUGGUGGUUCUGGUGAAAGGUCAAGAAAAAGGACGAGGUCUGAUGUCUGUAAGCAUCUCAGCAGGCUACCAAACAACUACGACAGAUGUAAAUGCCGCUAUUGUAGUAAAGAGAUGAGUUGUCCAACUAAGUCUGGGACCUCUAAUCUGAGGAAGCAUGUCACUAACUGUAGGUCAUUCAUGGCAUGGAAGGCUGCAAAUAAGUCAAAAAACCAGUCCCGGUUAGCUACGGAUGAAGAAGGCAACAUGAGUUUUGGUAAGGUGUCUGACAGAGUGUUCAAAGAUGCUACCGAUGAGAUGAUAGUCUUAGCCGAGUUACCAUUGAACUUUGUGGAAAGCUUAGCGUGGAAACACUUAUGCAACAAAGUGCAGCUGGAGCCGCCUGUAUGUAGGAAAACAUGCACAAAGGAGAUUGCGGCAAUGUAUAUGAAGAGGAAAGCAUAA